AUGGUUGUUCAAUCUAAUGGUACAAGACCUCCUCAAUGGGGACCCGAGAUAGCACGGGAAGUUUUCAUCAUCACUCGAGGGUUAGGCGGAUCUGUUCUUUCCUGGGGCCGCGCUGUAGUCCUUCCCCAAUUGGAAUUCUCAGCAGUGCCGGAUGUGACAAAACACUGGGCUCUGCUUAUAGGUGACACUUAUCACCAGCUGGAGAAGGCCUCUGGUGUCAUUUUAUACCAGCAUAAGCCAAAGGAAUGGUACGAUGGCUUUACCAAGUACUCUGUUGGCUGGACUAAUCUUGAUGAUGAUACAAUCAAAUGGCAUGCACAGAGGACUAUUGAUAGUAUGCCGCCAACUUAUGAUCUUACUGCAAACAACUGUCAAAUCUUCACUCUUGGCCUGAUGAAUCGAAUAGCACCUGGCUGUCGCCAAUUCAAAACCUUAUAG